AUGAACAAUAGACAAAAAAAUUGUAAAAAAAUGAAGUUGAUAGUUUUAUUAUUUUUAAUUACCAUUUUUAAAAAUGGAUGCUUAGUUAGUGCUCAUUUAGAUAUGGUCGUUCCUGACCAUAAAAAUGUAUUCGAUUUGAAUCUCUAUGAAUCUGUGUUAAACCCCGAAUUGUGUGAAGAACAAUUAAACCAUAUGCUGGAAAAUGACCAAGAACUGCUAUUUGAAUUCUUCGAUGCUGGCAUCCGAACUCCAAGAGGUAUCUUAACAGGAGGAACGCUAGAUCUUGGCAACUACCAUCAAUGUUUGGGCAUACACAAACAAAUACCAACUUCAGUUGUCGAAGGGAAAUAUUGCAUGAUAAAUGUACCGUUAGACCAAGAUUGGCCAAGUUUGCCAUCAACACCGUCCCUGCCAGAUAUAACGUGGCCAGACAUCACAUGGCCUCCGCAGAACCAACGAUAUUUAAAAUGGAGAGAAAAUAUUGCAAAGAAAUCUAACGACCUUCGGAUGGCAAUGGCAGGUUUUGAUUCAUUCAGUGGAGCAACGAAUGAGAGCAUCUCUGCUUUAGCUGCUCUCACAUUCCGUCUUGGCGUUUGUAUACCAAAAGCCUGCACACCAAGAACAGCAAUAAAUGCUAUAUUUGGUGGUCUGAAUACGUCACCAAUUGAGUUUGAGGAGUCAUAUUGCCGUUUGCCUAAAGAUAAGCACUGGGUAGCCGGCGAUUACGUUGCACUAAUAAUAUUUGGAAUAUUUAUUCUUCUCGUGGCAUUAAGCACAGGAUACGAUAUUCGACAUAAUAUCUUUCUUCAAAAAGAUCCAAAGAAAACCAACAAGUUAUUGCUGGCCUUUUCCGCCUACACAAAUACUCGUCGUCUGGUCACAUACACCCCUGUUCCUGGGACCUUAGAAUGUCUGGACGGCAUCAGAUCAUUCGCCAUGAUGUGGGUCAUCAUUGGUCACACUUUCGUCACCCAAACUCAAAGUCAGAUUAUGGGGAACCCUGCUGAUGCUUUAGCAUGGAUGACGUCACUCCAAUCCGUCUGGAUCACAGCAGCUCCUAUAACAGUAGACACUUUCUUUACACUAAGUGGUCUGCUACUUGUAUAUACUACUGCCGGAAAAUUGACUAGUUUAAAAUUGCUCAAAAAUCUCCACCUUUUCUACCUCAAUCGUUUGCUUCGGAUGUUCCCCGUGCUUGCUGCGGUUAUUCUAUUGCAAAUCUCGAUCUUCAACCGAGUGGCCGAUGGUCCAUAUUGGAACGUUGAGAUGACGAAUACACAUAGAUGCCGAGUAUUCUGGUGGUCUACUCUGCUACAUAUACAGAAUUAUGUCAACCCAAGUCACAUGUGUCUCUCUCACUCCUGGUACUUGGCCAUAGACGUGCAGCUUCACAUCAUUUCGCCUAUAGUUCUUGUAUGGAUUUUGACGGGCAAAAGAAAACUGGCCUGGUCAGCUCUCGUUGGAUCUUUAAUAGCUGUUCUUGCUGCUGCCACCACCUACAAUUUCAUAAAGGAGUUCCAAUCUGGACCAGUUAUACCAUCACGCCCAUUAGACACUCCAGAUUAUUUAAUAAAUUACUAUGUGAACACAUUGACGAGAGCAUCGCCAUUCUUCGUGGGACUUAUAUUUGGAUAUAUAUUACAUCUCAAUCGAGGAAAGAAAGUUGUUAUAAACUUUUAUGCUGCAGCAGUAAUGUGGGUUUGUACAACAGUAAUAGCCCUGCUCAUCAUAUACUCCUCGUAUCCCAUCAUGCAGCUGGAUUGGAAUAACCAAUUCGCUGAUAGCAUGAUCAAUUCCUUCAUGAGACCUGCUUGGGCCAUGUUCAUUGGAUGGAUGAUAUUUGCUUGCGAACAUGGAUAUGGAGGACCCGUGAACUGGGUACUAUCCCUCCGUGCCUGGAAGGUUUUAGGACGUCUGUCCUAUGCUAUGUAUCUGGUCCAUUACCCACUUAUGUUCGUCGUACUUGCAAUGCCGAUUGUACCCAUCUAUUUCGAUGUACAGUUUUCGCUGUACAACUUCUUUGCUGACUUCUUAUUGGCGGUAGUAGUAGCAUUUAUAGUUACUAUCCUGAUCGACUCACCGUGCUCUGUUCUGAUCAAACAUUUUAUGGGAGGAGGUCCAAGAAGGCCACCACAGAAAACUGCUCCAGCUAUAGAACCAGAAAUGGUAGAGAAAGAAUUGAAAACGCAGUUAUAA